UAAUGAUAAUUUAUUCUGGGUCUGGAACUCAGACCCUGGACAAGAAAACAGAGCUUAUCUUUGUUAUGGUGGUUUACCAGGUGAUCGGCUUUAUAGUAUUUCACCUGAAAAAUAUUUUAAAUUACGUCUUUAAAAUGCAGAUAAUAGGCUUCAAAAAGAUUGCUCCUACCUUUUUCGAGCUCUGAACCUUCAUCAACGGGAUUAGUCAAAACGGAAAAUCAAUUAUGUUCUCAAAAAGGACAAUUUUUGUAUUGGAAAAGAUUAGGUAACAAAAGUGUAGCUAAUUAUUUUAACCCAAAAAUUUUGUAUUAUACUAUUUUCCAGUUUAAGUACUUACUAUACUGUUCAUGUACUAUGCUCCUAUUCAUGUACUAUAUUAUUUUUGAUAACAAAAGUUUCAGUUUCAAAGCCGUCAAAUUAAACGUCCUAUUUUCAUAAAGCCAUUGCCGGCAUUGGUGUUAUCACUGCCACUUAACAGACCGACCGUUUCAUCCUGGAUAAGGAGCUUUAUUUGAAAUUAAUUCAACAAUGAACAUAUAAUUUUUAUUCUAUCUGGAAUUCUGUAUGUAUAGCAAAAACUUGACUACUUUCAGUCAAUACUACAGAAUUCUGUGAGAAAUCGUGCUGUUAGAAAUCAAAUUAUAAACCUCCUCGAGGCUGCAGUUAGAUUUAGUUGGGCUCAGUAGGGCACACAGUUACAACAUACGAUACUCUUAAAUUAUUUAUAUUAUUGUUUUUUUAUGCACCUGCCGCUAUACAAUCGAGUGAAACGAGAUUGGGCCACGUAGUGUAUUAGUCGCUUUAAACUUACCACAUUUCAUUGCAUUUCGUUCUUUCUCCAUACAAUUAGUUUUUUCAGUGUAAACAUGUUUUUUUUUGCCAACUUUGGUCUUGUAGGUCGCAGAAACAGUUGUGCCUUUUAAAAGGAGAGGCUAGCAAAAUGAAUUGCUAGUGUUUCACGGAGAAAAAUUUUUGCGAACCUAUCGAUUCCGGAUUAGCGCGCUUAGCAAACUGCAUACAAUGAUAUGCAACUGGCGUAAAAAAAGUUAAUGCCGGUAUUAUCCGCUUCUCGAUACGCACCGCAACGGAAAACGUUCACUUGAACGAUUAAUUAAGGACAUUCUGUAUGGUACUGUGCGGGAAUAAUAUGCACCUGAUGCGCUUAAUUGCACCUGUGACUAAUUAUACACAACGUUAACGUAGCAAAAAAAGAGGAUCUUUCGGUUGCGCGCAUACACUAUGCAGCUCAUGGUACCGGCGAAACUGAUUGUGAAUGCCGGUGCUGCCGGGCACCGGCGCAUUUCAUUGAAAAUCGGCACCGCUCGCACGCCAUCGGCUUAAAAUUUGUAAUUAUGAUUUCAGUACAGUAUAUGAAUUUGGUUGUAGCGAUGUUUAAGCUUAAAACAGUUUAUGAUGUCUUGAAAGUCGUAAACAAUUCCAGUAAAUAAUUACUGUACGUCUUUAACCCUGUCGUUCAGCUUCGUGCAUAAAGUAGUGAUGAGAGUUUCAGUGUUAGACGAUUGACUUCGAUUACAGGAGUAACUUUUUUAUUGUUAUGGACUGUGGCACCGGCACAAGAUGAUAUUUGCCUUCAUUCAGUUCCAUUUUCCGAAUGAAGACUGAUUGGUGGUGCCAUUUUAAUCUAUAAUAUCAUUCUGUUAAGAGGAAAACACCGCUGGGCCAACCAACCACUUCGCUAUUCCUAUUGAUCGUGUCGUGAAUCUUGAAAUAUCUGACGAGCACUUGUCAUUUUGCGUUAUCAGUCGCAGUUGCUGAGUGUGUUUUCCGCCGACGAAUGUGCGCAGUGUGCUGCGGUACCUACACACUACGCCUAGAAUGUGCACACGCAGUCGUCGCGAAUGAACUGCGCCGGCGUUGAUUUAUAGCAAGUCUGCUCAGAUGAUGACGUUACAGCGGCGGUCGUAGUACGUGGAUUUUACAGUCAUUCAUAAUUCCUACAACUUUCCUUUGACUGACGCCCAUGAAAAUGAGCAUAGUUGUGCCAAGGCAAUUAUUUCCAGUGACUGACGAAUGCCCGCCUUGAUGCAACUCACGGUCAUAUCAGAUGCUUUACUUGUGUAUAUAUCGUCCAACUCCCACCAUAAUACAGUGCAGAAAUGUUUUGCUUGUGCAAUAGCGGUUCUGUGUUUAUAAAAAUACUAUCACGAAAGAUGUGGUGGCAUUAGCCGAUUUGAGGUUUUUACCUAAUGCAGUGCUUAAUUUGUCAUCCUUAUUUUUUGCGGCCAUGAUUGGGGCCGGAAAGUUGUACAAUUCAGUGCCCAGGGCUGUUUCCAUCUGUCUACGGAACUAUUUAUGUGGAUACAUAUUAUGGGUGAUAUUGGCGAUAUUUACCUUAUCUGAUAGCGGUAGAUAUCGGAUUACGGCACACGAAAUUUUUGAUCAAGAAAGGAUUCUUACUUAUCCAAACGGGUCAGCAGCGCUGCGCUCCACGAACACGAACCCUCUGAAUCCCGUGGUGUUUUUGGACCAAUGGGCUGUCCAUGUUACUGGAGGAGAAAAGGAAGCUCGCCGGCUGGCUUCCUCGUUUGGCUUCGAUUUCAUUAAUCAGAUUAUGGAUGAUUAUUAUCUGCUUGCGCACAAGAAAGCACAAAAGCGAUCAAAAAGGAGCAGCGGUCAUUUGCACAAAGAGCUCGCUGAAGAACCUAAUGUUCACUGGAUUGAACAACAAACCGUAAAGCGGCGAAUAAAGCGCGAUUUUGGUGGCCCAUCCGUAAAGACCGACUGUCAGUCGGAUGACAAUUUCAACGAUCCGGAAUGGCCUCAGAUGUGGUAUCUGAAUCGUGGUCAAGGACUGGAUAUGAAUGUCCAGAAAGCCUGGCAAAUGGGCUACACCGGCAAGGGCGUGGUUGUGACAAUUUUGGAUGAUGGACUGGAGAAAGACCAUCCCGAUAUUGCCAUGAACUAUGAUGCACUGGCUAGCUACGAUGUCAAUGGACACGAUGAAGACCCACAGCCCCGAUAUGAUCCCAGUAACACUAAUCGACAUGGCACGCGUUGUGCGGGAGAAGUGGCAGCGCAAGCCAACAACAGUAACUGUGUUGUUGGCAUUGCUUUCAAUGCAAAAAUUGGAGGUGUCAGAAUGCUCGAUGGAGAUGUUACAGAUGCGGUGGAAGCUCAGUCAGUUGGAUUAAAUCCACAACAUAUUGACAUCUACAGUGCCAGCUGGGGACCAGAUGACGACGGGCGCACAGUCGAUGGACCGGCGUUCCUUACAAAGAGAGCGUUUGUUACCGGUGUUCAGAAAGGACGGGGAGGGUUGGGUUCCAUUUAUGUGUGGGCAAGCGGUAACGGUGGACGUGAUGGUGAUAGUUGUAACUGUGAUGGAUACACAAAUAGUAUUCAGACUCUAAGCAUCAGCAGCGCAACCGACAAUGGCCAUAUUCCGUGGUAUUUGGAACAGUGUUCGUCAACCAUGGCCACUACGUAUUCCAGCGGAUCGUCCAUGGAGCGGCAGAUCGUGACCACGGAUCUGCAUCAUAAAUGCACGUUGAGUCAUACGGGAACGUCCGCUUCGGCACCCUUAGCUGCCGGAAUUGUAGCGUUGGCGUUGGAAGCAAACCCUAAGUUGGGAUGGCGCGAUGUGCAUCAUUUAGUGGUGAGAACUGCUCGACAGGCGAACUUGAAGAGCUCUGAUUGGGUGACGAAUGGGGUCCAAAGAAACGUUAGCCAUUCUUUCGGCUACGGCCUUAUGGAUGCUUCGGCAAUGGUCCUCAUGGCUCGCGAAUGGAUUAAUGUGGGAGACCAUCAUCGUUGCGCCGUUGUCUAUCCUCACCGGAAUAUGAAAAUAUCGACUCGUGAUACAUCCAGCUUGAUUUUGACCUUGCAGACUGACGGCUGCAAGGAUGCCGCUCAGCAUGUCAAAUAUCUUGAGCAUGUACAAGCCCAGCUGACGCUUUCGGCUGCCCGGAGAGGCGAAAUCGAGAUCUACUUGACGUCUCCUCAAGGUACGCGCUCCACGUUACUCCAACAACGACCGCGUGACAACAAUCGCCAGGGAUUCCAUCAGUGGCCCUUUAUGACCGUUUUUAAUUGGGGGGAGAUAUCAUACGGCAAUUGGACACUGGAGAUAAGAAAUUCAGUAGGUUGGGGUAAUUUGUACGAUUUCACGCUGAUUAUGUACGGGACGGAAGAAGAGCCACCUUAUGACGUGCUUGUUAAGCAACGCCGCAGUAAGGAAUUAAUGAAGGCUGGAGCUGCCAGUACAGCAGCAGCCGAAGUAGAUGCUGCCCGUUCGUCGAAGACGGAAAAAGAAUUUGCUGUUACGACACCGUCCGUUAAAGAUAACACAUUUCCAGGAAUACAUAUUUACGGCGGAGAUUCUGGUGGAUUAUCUGCCGGUGUACCAGUAUCAACGAUGAAGCCAGAUCGGAAUACUGGACGUCCUAUUCCGACUUUAAAUCUCCCGGGACCAAGGUUGAAUUCUGCCACCAGACUACAGACGUGGCCGGUACUAUUCUGGCUCUAUGUGAUUGUUUCUACUGCCAUAAUAGGAGGUGGGCUUUCGUGGAAUUCGAUAUGCAGUUGGCCAGUAUAGCCAUGGACGCUCUAUCCUCUGCACGCGUUGGAUCUCAUAGAAUUGUUGGGUAGCUUCGUUGCGAUGGACGACGGAGUUCCUACCAGCACACCGUCCACGUUUUGGGAGUUGCAAAAAUAGCAAGUUACGUGGAUUUGGCGUGUAUUUGUGAUAUUUCUCGACUGGUUAAUAUUUAAUUUUGAAUUUGUACUUUGUAUUCGGUUUAAAAAACAGUUCUUGUUAUAAAUAUCGCUGCAGAUUUUGGUUGGUUGUUUGUGACCUAGAUUGAAUUGUCUGCGUUAACAUUCCUGGUUUUACUCUUUACUGAAAAUUUGCUCGUUUUAAUUUGUUUUAAUUUGUAUUUGUCUUGUUGCCGUAUGACGAAGACAUGGGUUUGUUUUAUUUUAGUUACUUAAUUUUAGCAACUAUAAACCGAUUGGUUAGUUGCCACUACAGAUCUGCUCUGUAAUCUGUUGACGUUUUCAUGAUCAAAAUGGUUAUUACUA